AGGGCUCUGCAGCAGGGGGCUGCUCCUGGUUGGGCCCUCGCUCGCCGCCUGUCACUGGGCGGCGUGUGUGUCGGCGGGCUAGCCCCGCCUCGGCUCGGCUCUUCGCAGCCCAUCCUCUCCGCUGCACAGAUAGACAUGACACAGACCCUCGGUGGCUGCAGCUGCCGCUGAGUGAGCGGCUGCUUCCUCAGGCUGGGGCGGGCGUGAAGGGCGCGCAGCCUGCUGGCACGGGGAGCUGAAGAGGGAGCUUCGGAGGAGUGGCGGCGCCUUGGUCGGCUUCCCCUCAGAGCAAGAGAGGAAGAAAAGCUAGCCAGCCACACAGGGGAGCAGCCUCGCUUAGCGCCGCCCUGAGUCCUCCCUCCUUCCCUUCCUUCUCUCCCUACGGGAGGGGGGCAGCCUGGCUCUGGGGAGCGCAGAAGCCGGCUCCUGGAGUGGUGGCACUUGGAGAGCCGGCGGCGGCGAGGCGCUGCUGAGAGAAGAAGCCUAGCCGGCGACCACAGCGCGUGAGAGUGAGUGACUGAGGCGAAGAAAGGGAACCCGAGCGGCACCCAGCGGCCACCCAGACUGGGGUGCCUUUGCGCCCUCGCCGCUGCCGCCGCCUCUUCGUUGCCUGCACCUUCUUUGGGGGCUUCCCCACCAGCCUGUCGGAGCGGUGCCCGGGCCGCGCUUUCCCUGCACGGCGUGCUUGCAGGCCCCGGGGAGGCCGCAGCGGAGCUAAGGGGACGUGCCCCUGCCCUGGCCCCUCCGAAGUCCCGCGGGCGGGGGCCUGUGCGCAACGCUCGGCGCACAGCGGGCCACGGAGGGUUGCCUCCCACUAAGACGGCAUGGGGGAAGACGGAAGAGGCAGGCCCUGAAAAGACAACCGUGGAGGGGGCUCCUGACUGAUUCCGCGAGGUCCUCUUCUCCCUCCUCUCCUUCCCUCCUCUUCCUCCGCUGAUCUCAGGAAGAUCGGACUAGCUGAGCUUCUGGGACCGCCAGAGAGAUCCACCAGAAGCGCUGGACAGUGCUGGAUCGGAGCCUUCCUUUCUCUUGCAGCUUCUUCAUCACACUCUCCCCCCGCCCCCAGUUACGCCACCGUCCCUAACAAAUUAGAGCGGUGAAAGAAGGGGAUUUGCAUCUGCUUCGGUUGUGUUUGAUCUUGAGGGGUACAACAGCUGCCCGGCUUGGAAGCAGCCAACCUCACUGGGGAACCCCCUUUGGCAAAGCACCUAUCCGCAGCGGCAACAGAAAAGCCCACCCUCUUCUCAGUACCUCACAGUGGCAAUGAAGACACGCCAGAAGUGGAUGGCAAUGUUGUUUCCUUCCUUGAAUAAACAAAUGACUUAGAAGGCCCUUUUUAGAGAAGCCAUCAUAUUUGGAAUAUGUGGGAGACUGUGGACUUCAUGCUUCCGACAUAGCAACAGAACCAGAUUAGGACUCUCCACUUCUGAGAGAAUGCUGGGAAUCUGCAGAGGGCGACGGAAAUUCCUGGCUGCCUCUCUGACUCUGCUUUUUGUUCCCGCUAUAACCUGGAUUUACCUGUUUGCUGGGAGCUUUGAAGGAAGCUGUCUUCGUCAUGAACUCCGUCCAGUUCAGUCCCAGGACUCAGUUCCCAAACCCAGGGCAAUUGAUCCUGGCAAGGCACAAUCCGUGUCUCCCUUACCAGGGCUGAGUGAACCAACAACAACCCUGCAAGAUGGAAAGCCAGUGUCACUGUCUUCAGUUGAAUCUCAGCCCCACAGCCCUCGUUACACAGCCACAAGUCAACGCGAAAGAGAGAGCCUGGAGGUACGCAUGCGGGAAGUGGAAGAGGAAAACCGGGCACUUCGCAAACAGCUCAGUCUGGUGCAGAGCCGGGGCCUGUCCCAUCGCCGAGGCAAUCAUUCAAAAACUUAUUCCAUGGAGGAAGGAACAGGGGACAGUGAGAGUCUGCGGGCUGGCAUUGUGGCAGGGAACAGUUCAGAGUGUGGACAGCAACCAGCAGUGGAGAAGUGCGAGACAAUCCACGUUGCCAUUGUCUGUGCUGGAUACAAUGCCAGUCGGGAUGUUGUCACACUCGUCAAAUCAGUCUUGUUUCACAGACGAAACCCUCUUCACUUCCACCUCAUUGCAGAUGCCAUUGCAAAACAGAUCCUUGCUACUCUCUUCCGGACGUGGAUGGUUCCUGCAGUGCGCAUAGAUUUCUAUGAUGCAGAUGAGCUGAAGUCUGAAGUGUCCUGGAUUCCCAACAAACACUAUUCUGGGAUAUAUGGGCUGAUGAAGUUGGUUCUGACAAAGACUCUCCCUGCCAACCUCGAAAGAGUCAUUGUACUUGACACAGAUAUUACCUUUGCUACAGACAUUGCUGAGCUAUGGGCUGUCUUUCACAAGUUCAAAGGCCAGCAAGUCCUUGGCUUGGUGGAGAACCAGAGUGACUGGUACCUGGGGAACCUCUGGAAGAAUCACCGUCCCUGGCCAGCUCUUGGGAGAGGUUACAACACAGGGGUCAUUCUGCUACUUCUGGAUAAAUUGCGCAAGAUGAAAUGGGAACAGAUGUGGAGGCUUACAGCUGAAAGAGAGUUAAUGAGCAUGCUGUCCACUUCAUUGGCUGAUCAGGAUAUUUUCAAUGCAGUCAUCAAACAGAACCCCUUUCUUGUGUACCAGCUUCCUUGCUUCUGGAAUGUGCAGCUGUCAGACCAUACCCGCUCUGAACAAUGCUACCGGGAUGUAUCAGAUCUAAAGGUGAUCCAUUGGAACUCACCAAAAAAGCUGAGAGUAAAGAACAAGCAUGUUGAGUUUUUCCGCAACCUCUACCUGACAUUUCUAGAGUACGAUGGGAACUUGUUGAGGCGGGAGCUCUUUGGAUGCCCCAGUGAGGCUGAUGUCAACAGUGAAAAUCUUCAGAAACAGUUGUCUGAGUUGGAUGAAGAUGACCUGUGUUACGAGUUUCGACGGGAGCGUUUCACUGUCCACCGCACUCACCUGUAUUUUCUACACUAUGAGUAUGAGUCUGCCCCAGACAACACUGAUGUAACCCUGGUGGCUCAGCUGUCAAUGGACAGGCUCCAGAUGCUUGAAGCCAUCUGCAAACACUGGGAAGGACCAAUCAGCUUGGCGCUUUAUCUUUCUGAUGCAGAGGCACAGCAGUUUCUGCGCUAUGCCCAAGGCUCUGAGGUCCUCAUGAGCCGUCACAAUGUUGGUUAUCACAUUGUGUACAAGGAGGGCCAGUUCUAUCCAGUGAACCUUCUACGGAAUGUGGCAAUGAAACAUAUCAGCACACCAUACAUGUUCCUGUCAGAUAUUGACUUUUUGCCUAUGUAUGGACUCUACGAGUACCUCAGGAAAUCUGUUGUCCAACUGGACUUAGCCAAUACAAAAAAGGCUCUCAUUGUACCUGCUUUUGAGACUCUCCGGUAUCGCCUCUCUUUUCCCAAGUCAAAAGCAGAGCUGUUGUCUAUGUUGGACAUGGGGACCCUCUUCACAUUCAGGUAUCAUGUCUGGACAAAAGGGCACGCACCAACAAACUUUGCCAAGUGGCGAACAGCCACCACGCCAUAUCGAGUUGAAUGGGAAGCAGAUUUUGAGCCAUAUGUCGUGGUAAGGCAGGACUGCCCAGAGUAUGACCGAAGGUUUGUUGGAUUUGGCUGGAACAAAGUCUCCCACAUCAUGGAAUUGGAUGCACAGGAGUAUGAAUUCACAGUGCUGCCCAAUGCCUACAUGAUCCACAUGCCGCAUGCUCCAAGCUUUGACAUCACCAAAUUCCGUUCCAACAAGCAAUACCGCAUCUGUCUCAAGACCCUCAAGGAAGAGUUCCAGCAAGAUAUGUCACGCCGCUAUGGCUUUGCAGCACUAAAAUAUCUCACGGCAGAGAACAACAGCUAGCACCACCGGGACUGUUACGGAAAACAGAGACAGAAAGGAGGAGCCAUUGAAUGUGUGCGGCCCAGUCCUUUAGCCUGGAACUGAGAGACACCUUUGUUUUUGUUUUUUAAAACCACAUCAAGCAGUUCUAACAGUAGAUAUUUGGAACAAGGUAUCUCCAGACUGUUGCUCAUGAGCUGCCACCCGUCUGCCACUCUCAGGCCUUUAGUUUCAUUGCCCAUAAUGUGACUAAAUGUGGGGGUGGAGAGCAGUGCCCACAUCUAUUGGCAGCACACAGGGUGGCAAGAACCACGGGGAAUGGGUAUUUGCUCUCAAAAUUGCACAGCAAAAACAGGUCUUCUUUGAACGAUAGGGUUUCAUGUUGCUAUUUAAUAAUUCCACAUUUUUUAAAAUAUGUAAAGGAAGAUCUUCAGGUUGCUGUCCCAUGAAUUUAAGGAAAAGUCCCUUCUACUCCAGAAACUGAAUUUGGAUCCGUAAAACAGCUGUUGUCUACCCACGGAAGAACACUACAGAGCAGGAGGAACCAAAUUUCACCUGUGAGAUGAAGGGGAGCUAUAUUGAACACAAGGGAUUUGUGGUUGAUUAUAUGUUGAAUAUACGCAGUAUUACUGUGUAGGCAUUUCUGUGGCAUCACACGGUCAUUUUUCUCUAAUGCUGCAAAGAUGGACUCUCCUCCAGCUCCUCUCUGCUGCCACAUGCUCUGACCAUUGUACCUUCCUUUAAAUCCAAAUUGCACCCUUUUGCACUUCAUGUCCAUCCCAGCUCUGGCCAUUCACCCAAGAAGAGUUGUGCUUUUACUGCCCUGUGAAGGCACCUGUCAGCUUAAGCGCCGUUCCACUUUAGAGGUUUGUUCAGGGAUCUUUAGGGAAACAAGUGGCCACACUGGAGCUCUCAAGUACCUUUUUGUGGGUUGGGUGGAUGGGGGUGUCCAUUUUGUUUUAUUUUUAAAGAGGUCCAAGCAUUAGUAUUGGCACACACACUUUUUUUUUUAAUUGGGGAAAAUCACAGUCCAUUGGCUCUUCCAUUGCACAUCUGCUUGCAAAAAGACUCCGUACCUUUGGUUUAAAGUUGCCACUAAACAGGGGUUUACCUUCACUAGCCACAGGGUGCUAUGGACUCUUGAGAAAUUACUUCAGUAAAGAAGUUUAUUAUAAUGAAAGGAAACAACUACCCAUUUGAGGGUGGGGAGAAGAGAAAUGAGGAUCUUGACAGCUUUUGUUUGGAAGGAAGCUAAUUUGAUUCACAGCCACUGUCACAUGUCAGAAUCCAUGAGAAGUGUAGGCAAAGAGUGUGAACAAGCAACACACACAACCAGACACUGGACAUUUUAUUUUUAUGUUCUUUAUUUUUUUGGAAUUAAUGUUGUGUUUACAUGGAUGGAGGAGAAGAGGUUUAAUGCACUACCCUUACUUGGGGCUACUUGUAUUUGGUUGCAAUGUUGUUGAGAGAGCAGAAUUUGAAUAAAUGAGAAACAUAUCUCUCUCCCUUCCCCUAACAA